GAAAGUUCUCUGCAACUCUCUUCCCAAUUGAAACUGAUUCGCUUGCACCAUAACUCAAAUGACCAUUGCCUCUAGAGCUCUCUUUCUCUUCCAGAAAUCAAUCGCAAUAGCAAGCACUGUAACAACAACACAAAAGCCCCAAAGUUGGAGAAUCCAAUUCAAACAAACCCAAUUAGUUUCCCAAAUUUCCUCUAUUCUCUUGCAAAGACAAACAAAUCAAUGGCCUUCACUUCUCAAGAACCUCAAACUUUGUUCUUCACAAUUUACUCCAUCUCUCUUCCUUCAAAUCCUCCACAACACCCGAACCAACCCACAAGUCUCUCUACGCUUCUUCGACUAUGCCAAGAACAAUUUUGGGUUCCAACCUGAUGCCAAAGUUCUUUGUACACUUGUGUCUAUACUUCUCGGGUCCGGACUAUCCAAACCCGCAAAACCCAUCUUGGAUUCUCUCAUUCAAACAUACCCACCAGCCCAAAUUGUGGGUUUCUUGAUUCAGUCAUUGAAAGCUGGUGAUAUUCACAUUCAGUCUUCAGUCUUGAGCUCAGUUCUUGAAUGUUACUGCAAUAAAGGUUUGUUCUUGGAAGCUCUUCAUGUUUAUCAAAUAGUUAGAGAAUAUGGCUAUUUUGUGUCUGUUAAUUGUUGUAAUACAUUGCUUAAUUUACUGCUCAGUAAGAAUGAGUUAAGACUGGGUUGGUGUUAUUAUGGUUCUAUUAUUCGUAAUGAGGUUCAGGAGAAUGUGGUUACAUGGUCUUUAAUUGCUCAGAUGCUUUGUAAAGAUGGGAAAUUUGAGCAAAUUGUUCCUAUUCUUGAUAAGGGUAUAUGCAGUCCUCUUAUUUAUAACAUACUCAUAGACUGCUAUUCUGAAAGAGGGAAUUUUGAAGCUGCAUUUGGUUAUUUAAAUGAUAUGUUCAGUAAAAGUAUUGAUUCCACCUUUAAUACUUUUAGCUCAAUUCUUGAUGGUGCUUGCAAAUAUCAAAAUGCCGAAGUGAUUGAAUCAGUGAUGAGUUCCAUGGUGGAAAAAGGACAUCUCCCAAAAGUUGUGUUACCUGACUAUGAUUCUGUGAUUCGAAGGUUCUCUGAUAUGGGAAAAGCAUAUGCAGCUGAAUUGUUUUUCAGGGAAGCUUAUGAAAAAAGGAUUAAGCUACAAGACAAUACUUAUGGCUCUAUGCUAAGGGCAUUCUCCAAGGAAGGUAAAGCUGAAGAUGCUAUUUGGAUGUACAACAUUAUAGUUGAGAGAAAAAUAUUCAUCAGUGACAAAUGCUAUAGUGCCUUCAUGAGUGUCCUAUGCAAUGAAAAUCCAUCACUGGAAGUUAGCAGUUUGUUGAAAGACUUGAUAGGAAGAGGAUUCGUACCUCCCGUAUCUCAAGUAUCUAAAUUUAUAGUUUCUCAAUGUGAAAAGCGUCAGUGGAAAGAAGCUGAGGAGCUUCUGAAUGUAAUUUUUCAAAGAAGACUUCAGUUUGAAUCUUUUUGUUGUUGCUUUUUGGUGCGGCACUAUUGCUUUAGCAGAAGGAUUGAUUCUGCCAUUUCUUUACAUACUGAACUAGAGAGAAUUGGUGUUGCUUUAGAUGUAGAGACCUACGGUUUACUACUUGACAGACUGUUUAAAUCAAGACGGCGUGAAGAAGCUGUAAAGAUCUUCGAUUACAUGAGAACACAUGAUAUGUUAAGCAGCGAAAGUUUUUCAAUCAUGAUUAGAGGGCUAUGUCAGGAACAGGAGUUUAGAAAAGCAAUGAGACUGCAUGAUGAUAUGCUGAAAUUGGGGUUUAAACCUGACAAAAAAGCAUAUAAGCGAUUGAUUUCUGGGUUUGGCUAAAUAAUACAUUUUCGCCUCAUUUAUAUUUUAUCUCUUCACUUACAAUACAUACUGUACAGCAUGGUUGCUCACCUGAGAGUAGAUCUUGGUGAUGCUCGCUUUCGGUAGCCAUCCAAUUUUUUUUAUCUCUCUAUGCACAAUUUAAACAGCAUACAAUGAGAAAUAUCAAUCUGUCCUUUACUUACAAAAGGCUGCAAAGUUGGUACCUUACCAACACUCGUCUUGGAUUGUGAUUGGGGGCUAAGCAUAAAGUUGAUAGCAUCUGGGAAGGAGUGAUGAAAUGUGAGAAAAGGUUAGCCAGAUGGUGUAUCAUUACUGGAGGACAUUAGAUCUCUGUGGCCUCUAAUACUGGGAUCAAGGUGGCCAACAGCAGAAAAGUUUCUUUGUGGAAAGGACACAGACCUUUGCAAGUUGUGUUUUCAGAUUUAUUCACAUUGCCUUCAAAAGCUGCAUCUACAGAGUAAAUGGAUUUGGGAUAUCAACCUCUGAGUAAAUUUCAAGUCUGUUGAUUUUUUCAAUCAUUUGAACACAUAUCAGCAGCUAACUAAUACUGAAGACAACAUAACAUGGAUUUCUAGCAAGAAGGGUCUAUUCACAGUGAAAUCAUUCUACAGAAAAUUAACAAAAGAGAAGUUACCAAGUCAUUGGCCAUUGAAACAGAUGUUGAGAUCCAAUGUUCCAUUCCAUGUGGUUUUCUUUACAUGGAUUGAAGCUUGUGAGAAUAUCCAAAUAGAGGUUUUGAGCUAUGCAGCAAGUGAGAGCAUCUGCCACUUGCUUUUGACCUGUGGUUUGCAAUUGGUCAUACAAAGAUCAACAAAUGAUUUACUGAGGUGCU